AUUUAAAGAAACACCAACUGAAUUUGAAGAGUUAAGCGAAAAUGUGGAUGCGUUGACGAUCAGGCCAGCAUCUAACAAGAGAGCCAAGACGGAAGAACUGGGACAUCCUUCUUUUACAUUAACGGAAGGUAAGGCAGGUGUCUCCGCAUCCUCCGCCGGCAGCUUUUUUUCAUCCCGAGCAACUAAACAAGAACAAGACAACAUUGUUGCGACAGCGAUGAAGUUUGAAGCAGAACAUGAAGAAUUGGUGCGUGUCUUGGUAUACACAGAAAGUGGCGUUAACAUCAAGGUUCAGUUGUAUGUGCAAUAUGGGGAGUCUGGAAUUCCUCAAGAAUUGCAAAAUGCUGCUCAAGGAUGCUUUGGAGAGAUGGACGUGACGCUUGAAUGGUUAGAUCUUAUUAAUGAUGCCGAUAGAAUUCUCAAGAUCAGGUCUCUUGAGUAUCCAUCUGGUACACCACAAAGUUUGACUAAAUCUCAGGCCAGUGAAAUCAGCCAAGCAAUACGCGACAACCUUCACGUUUUAGUCAGGCAUCGCAAUAUCACUUCUGUGCAACCGUCUCUAAAAAUCACAAACUCGAAACAGACUGACACCCCUUGCAUUACACUCUAUGUUCUACGCAAAGGUGUCAUCCCAGACGGUAAAUGUGACUUUCCGCUUUUUCUUGGUUCUUACCCCAUAGAUGUUGUAGAUGGAUUUUGGUUUAGAACCAUUGGACCCUGGAAGCCAAACGAGGCACAAAAAAACAGCGAGGUGCUUCGCCUAGGAGCAAGCAUUGGUGUACAAGGCGAGGACUCCGCCGGGAUCUUAGGCGCCGUAGUAAAAGGGGGAGAUAAAUUUUUUGCAUUAUCUUGUCAUCAUGUGAUGAAACGCGAGAGUAGUUCAAAAAUCAUUCAUCCUGCGCAGAAUGACCACCUAAACUAUCUCAAAUACCAUUUACGGGAGUAUGGAUCGUGGUUGAGGAAAAUCGUUGACACGGACAUCCCGGUAGACCAACUUGAUGUUGACGACCUAACAGAGCAGGACCAAUUGAGAGUGCGAUUUGAAGAGCUAAAGGAACUUAGAGAAAGGUACCGUGACCGCAUCACAGAAAAUGUUUCUAUUCUACAGAAAGUAGACAAGAAUGAAAAUAAAUUCGAGGAAGGGCUUGAGGCGUUACCAAGGGUCAUUGGACGAUACUCAGCUGGUGUGUCUCGUAAUGUCACCUUGUACAGUCAGACACACUACAUAGAUGCUGCGGUUGCUGAGUUGACUGCAGACGAGGUAAACCAAUUACAAAUCAAUCCUACAGUUGAAGUGAUUGGAACAGGAUACAAUCCAAGUGGUGAAGUUAAUUCAGGGCUAGAAGCCCAGGGGAAAUUUCACAAGAGUGACCGAACCACAUGAUACACUGAGUCAAGCGGAUUCGUGGACUAUCAUCUUUUCGCUAGUUGUUCCCUUUGUAAAUUGAAUCGUAGAAAUCCAGCUUUGCUCAGUGUGUUACAAGAGGUCAAACUCUGUGUACAUUGUGCGAGAAGGACCGAAUUUGCUGCAUUAAGAAGUUCAACCAGCAGUUUUAACUACUGUUCACAAGCCACACAAACUCUGUGUGACACUCUCUGGUUAUAUAACUGCUUGUGCAUCAAGAGUGAAGAACCGUUUCCCGAAAAAGGAGAUUCUGGAGCAGUGUUGUUUGAAAUGGAUCAAAAUAGAAUACUUCGAGGCUUUGGAAUUAUUUUUGGCGUUCAUUUAUACUCAUUUCAACGUGUUGCCCUAGCUUCACCAUUGGACAUUGCCCUUAAAACCUUGGCGGAGGAGAUCUCUGUGGACAACUUGAGACUGCUCUCGAACUGUAGAGAGUGACCGCGUUUAUUCUGUGUGAACUAUUGAGAAAAUACGAUUAAAAAUCAAGAUGGCCCCUGAAGGAUGCGGUGAUACCUGGAGUAUGUUUUCACGGGUGUCACUCAAAACAGGUUUUACACUGUCACGCUGUAAGCGAGUCCAGCGGUAAACUCUAAGACCGAGUGAAUGACAGCUUCAUUAAUUUUUUGGAAUGAAAAUAGUUUAACACAAGAUGUGUUAACUAUUUUUCAUAACAAGCUUAACACAUUAAUAAAUAAACAUGCACCUAUGAAAAUAAUGUCAAACCGCAAAGCAAAACAAUUCUCUAAACCAUGGAUUACCGAAGGUCUAAGAAUUUCCAUUAGAAUUAAAAAUAAGUUAUAUGCGCCUGGUAACGCCGCCAAUUGUAAUAUAUCUAGAAACAAAAUUUGUACUUAAACGCGUCCAAGUAGACAGCAAUAUUACCCUAGAUUUUUUAAUGAUAACUUAAAUAAUAUGAAAAGAAGAUGGGAAGGCAUAAACAAUGUACUUACACGUAAAUUGAGGAACACAAACCCUGUUACUUUUAUUAAGGACCCUAAUAACAAUGAUUCUGUCACUAGCGACCCAAAUAGAAUAGCCAAUGCCCUUAAUGACCAUUUCGCUUCUGUUGGACCUAAACUUGCAAAUAAGCUACCAGCCGUUCAGCAUAUUUAUUUUGAUUUUCUAAGCAGAUCCAACUCUCCUGACUAUUCGUUUGCCUUUAACCUAGUUACCCCAGCUGAAGUUGAAUGGGAAAUUUUGUGCACACCAAUUAAUAAAACCCAUGGUUUAUAUUCAUGUCUCACUCAACUGUUGAAGUAC